AUGGCACUAUUUCUAUUCUUCAUUACUGCACUAUGCUCAACACUGAUAAUUCCUAAGGCACAUCUAAAUCACAGGCUUUCUUAUCACAAAAAUGGGGCCAAGUUCAUCAACAGCUCUGUUAAUGAAAAUACACGGGUCGAUGACUACUUUGAUUUUCCUGACAGCUUCAGCUACCUCAGCAGCUCAGAAUACUCGCUGUGCAGAAAUUCAAACAACAAGCUAUACAUCUGUCCAAAGUCUAUCAAAUCUAUGGCUUGGAAGCUUGAAGACAUAAGAAGAGAAGUAAGGUUCAGAGAUCCUUACGGUGAUUGCCUUACAGUUGGGAUGCAUAAUCUUAAAGAUGAUAGCUAUAAUGUUGAGCUGAAGGAAUGCUCCGAGAAAAACCAAAAUCAAAUAUUCAUACUAUUUAGUGAUCAUGGUAAUAUCAAAACUUCAGAAAUUACAAGGAAAAACAUAAACAGUGUGCCAGAAAACGAAAAAAAUGAUUUUAGAAUGAAAAAUAUUAAAUUUAAAUGGUAUUAA